GCAGUGUUUAUCCGCGUCUGCGUUGCGGACCAAGCUUUCGUUUCUGUUUUUUUGUUUUCGUUUCAACCUACCGUUCAAAUCUGCUGAAGUUUUAGAUCGUGAACGAUCAGAUAAAUUUUACAUUUUUUUUUCUGAAAACCCGCUAGUGCCGUUAACCGAUUGUCCGUGAAAUCUUCGCUUCUCUGGGUCCUGCCGUUGACCCACAAAAUAUAAAUAGAGAACUUGGAAACAAUUUUACCCCAAUGGCGGUAUCGAUACCGGGUAGACGCGAACGCGUCAUGGUAACGACGUUAUGAUGAUCAGAGCGACGACAAUAUGCAAUCUUGUAAGCCGAAGGUCACCGACCUAAAUCCACAUCUACUAUGUGUUCUGUGCGGUGGAUACUUCGUGGACGCCACAACGGUGAUCGAAUGUCUGCAUUCCUUUUGUCGAAGUUGUAUUGUCAAGUAUCUAGAACGCAACAAAUAUUGUCCAAUAUGCGAUGUAUUAGUCCACAAAUCAAAACCUUUAUCCAAUAUCCGGCCAGAUCACACCCUGCAAAAUAUUGUUUACAAACUUGUUCCACGUUUAUUUCAAAAGGAAAUGGUAAUGAGAAAGGAGUUUUACAAUCGAAACAAAGUGUAUUUACCCAGGGACCCAAUGAGCCGUGGUGUAGUACCUGAUGACUAUCAUAUAUUUGCUGCCAGUGAUGCAAUCAGUAUAUGUCUUUAUUAUGAAUGCGAAAAAAUUGACAAAAAGAAUAUACAAGAAAAACAUAAACGAUAUUUGUGGUGCCCUGCAUCAUUGACAGUAAUAAAUUUAAAAAAAUUAGUUUACAUUAAGUAUGAAUUAAUACCAACUGAUCAUCAUGUUGAGUUUUUUUACCAAAAUUAUUUACUAGAUGAUCACUUAACUUUAAUGGAUGUUGUUUACAUGUUUGAUUGGAAAAGGAAAGAUCCACUAACAAUGACUUAUCGAAUUCUUAAAAUUGAAAUUGAACCUCUUUCAAAUGAUGAAGUUUUAAAAGAUGAAAGUACAAUUGAAUCUAAAAAGGAUGAUGAAAAAUCUGAAGAAAAACAAAAUGAUUUGCAACAAAAUGUUAUCAACACAGAGAUAUGCAUUGAAGAAGUACUUCCAAAAAUAAAUGAAAAUAUAAUGGUCAUUGAUAAAAUAACAGAUUCUAAAGAAGUACAAUUGGAAAUAAGCGAAAAUGGUAUCAUGAAAGUUACAAAUAUUAACCAAAGUAGAGAAAAAAUACAAGCUAAUGUCACUAUAGAGCCUACUGAUAUAGUUAAAAAUGAAAAUACAUCUAAAUCUAGUGAUAUAAUAAACGAUGAAAAAGAUGAUGAUAAGAAAAAAGUUUUAAAGGUAUACCCUGGGUCAAAAAUAAAAAAGACCAAACCAAAAUUAGAUACCAUUGUUGAAAAAAUUAAAAAGCAAGGAACUAAAUAUAAAACCUUAACAUCCCCGACAAAACACUGGAACCCAAGUAUAUCAAAAACUUCUGUUUUAGCUAAAAAGAAAGAAAUAAAUGGUAUUGAUAAGAAGUGUCAAAAAUUUUUCAAAUCAAGAGAUGAUAAAAAAGAUGAUGAUAAAGCUGAAGACAGUUUGAAGAGGCUAGCUGAAGUGCCUUUAAUGAAAAUUAAUCCCCAAACAUUAUGUCCAAUUAUGCCUUCUUCUCCAGCUAAGAAACCCAAAAAACCUAUUCCUAAAAAAAAUACAUUAGCUCAUUCUUUGGCUCUACUACCUGUUCGACCAACAAAUCAUAAUCCAUUUACCAACCCGAUGAAUCCAUUCAUGUAUGGAACAUUUCCAAAUAAUUCAAAUGGAGAUCCAGGAGAUACAAAUGAUUUUCUUAAAGCCAUGUCUGAGUUAUGUCCGCCAUCUUCAGCUUAUCACAAUUCUUUGCCUCCGUCAGUUAGUGUACUUUUCAACCCCUUAUAUACUCAUCAUAGACAAUGUCAGGCAAAGAAGGCUACUUUAGCUGUACCUCAAUCACCUGAUGUACAGAAAUUAUCUGCCAAUAAAAUUGAAGAAAAAUCUGAAAUGAUAGAAGAUAAAAUCAAUGACAAAGGUAACGAUAAAGACGAGUGUACAAAUAAUAAUAAAGGUGAAGAGAAAAUGGAAGUUGAGAAAGAAAUAGAAAAGGGAAAAACUUAAUAUAAUAACUUCAUGAUAAUCUAAAACUAAAAAUUGAAAUCUAUAUUACCAAAGUCUUCAGAUUAUGGUAGAGAUAAAAAAUACUUUUAAGGUUUUCGAAAGUGUUAUAUUAACCUCUCCUAACCUAAUGUGAAGUUAUGGUGUUCAAUUCUUUUCUAGAUACUCUGUUUACAGUUUACAUAAUGUUUCUAAAGGAAUUUUUUUUUACUUAAGAGUUUUGAGCUAACAAGAUUUCAGUGUAGUAAAAUAUGAUUGUUUUUCUACCAUUUGCUUGUAUGAUUAAUAGUAUUACAUAUCCAUGACAAUAUUCUUUGAAACGUAAAUAUGGAAAAUUGUAAUCUAUAUGUGAUUAAAUCUCUAUAGGACAUGGUUGACCAUUGUAUUCGGAAUGUGAUAGACUUUUUUUAUAUCAUAUUUUUUCAAUUAUAAUGUUUUGAUUAUGGUUUUAUUUGAGGUGGGGCAGUUAACUUUAAUUUAUGCUUCAGACAUUUAAAUGAAUCAAAGCUAGCCUUCCUUUACCCUCCAUAUUAUUUACAUAAAUUAAUAAUUUAAACACUGCCUUAGGCAUUUUAUCUAAUUCUUAAGCCAUGUUUAAAUUGAUGGCAUUACAUUGAUAAUUAUUAUCAAUAGGGAACGGAUUUAUAUGCACAAAAAUACUAUAAUAUGCAAUUAUUUUGAAUGUACACUUAAUCUUUGAUCAAAAACAUUUUGUUUAAAAUUAUGUAAAAAUUUAGUAUUAAUAAAAGGGAAUUUUGUCUUCUACGUUCCUCAUCAAUAAAUAACAUAUUUCAUCUUCAAUCCAAAAUAUAAGCCAACAUCAAUAAAAAAAAAAAUUAAAUUCAUAUUUUACUUAAUUGUACUGCAUAAUCAAAAGUUUCUUAAUGUGUUUGUAUGUCAACUUCCUCCAGGCUCCAAUUAUAUGCAAGUACAUUCUUAUGUAUUGAAUAACUUUGCUUAAUAUCAGUAGUAUUUAUUUAAACGUCAUGUAUACAUAUUACUUGCAUUCAAAUUUUCAAGUAGUUUAUUUCUCCUUUCAAAAUCUUUGAAAUUAUCUUCAUUUUAAAAUUACAAAUAUGCAAAAUACAAUUUUUGUUAUUUUCAUACAAAUGGUUUAAAUCGGUGACAAUUUUCAUCAGAUUUCAAAUAUCCAAUUUCAAUAAAAAUAUCUAUAAUUGCAUAUUAAUCCGUAUCCUAGUUAUCAACGAUCAAACAUACAUAGAAUUAAACAUUAAAAAUUUAAAAUAGUGUUACAAAAAAUUUAAUUAUUUCUCUUCCAAUAAAAAUAACAUACUAACAUUAUGAGUGGUAGUGGAGUGUAUAUAAAGAUAUAUUUAGUUUUUCAUUUUUUUAAGAAUGGUCACCCAAUUAAAAUAAUAAGCCUAUAACUAUUAGAUGGCUUCAAUAUUUACGUAUGGCCAAAUAUUAAUAUUUCGUAUAUUUCGAAAUCUUAUUCAUUAUUACUCUCAAAUUCUAGUCUUAGAUUAAGGUGUAUAUUUUGUUUUAAAAAAAAUAUGAUAACAGUUGUUUAUAUAAGUGCCUUCAGUAUUUAAUUAUUUAAACCUAUAUUCAUGUAACUAAGUGAUAUAAGUAUGUUAGUAUUUUACAGCUCAAUGUUUUAAAAUGUGAAAAUAUACAGGGUAAAAAUGCACUGUGCUCACUAUGCCUAUGCAACUAAUUCAAUAUAUUUUAUUGUUCUUCAGUAAAAUCUUGAUGAUGUGAUUUCUGAAGGGAUAAAUUUGAAUUGCUCUUAUACAUUUAGACUAUCUAGGUGAAAUUUAAGUACUCUGUCAUACAUGACUGUUGGUCUUAACUCAUUUUUUUAGUAGAAGCUGUUUACACUUUACAGUGAGAUGUACGAAUAUGAUCAGUUUUUAUUUAUUGAGCAGUUCACUCUUAUCUGAAAUAAAGUACCUAAUGUUAUUAAUCAUCUUAUAAUUUGAUAUGUUAAACAAAUGUAUAUGUACCAAAGCUUAGGUUGGUGUAUAGUAUUACUCAUGAAGCCUUAAAGUUUUUUUUACAAAUAUCGGCUUCAAUUGUUCAAAACUUAAUAUAAGAAUCAUAUUAUGAUAAAAAUUUCAAUGGGAUGAGUUCUGCUAUAUCCUUAUAAGAAUGAUACAAUUUUACUUACUCGUUAUAUUGUUAAGACAUAUUUAAAUUUAAUUUUGAAAGCUCAUUUAUUGUUUGUUUUGUGCCAAAAGCUAUUAAAUUUUACAAUUUUAAAUUGUAUACAUCUAAAAUAAUUUAACAUCUGUUGUCCAUAGUUAGUACAGUGCACAUAUUAUUUAGUAUAAUA